AUGAAAACUAAGACUAGUCGCGCUGGUGACAAGAAGCUAGAUGACGACACGAUAAGGAGACUGGCCUACGCGAGAAACUAUCAAGAAACGUUGGAUUUCUUCAACGUCACUCUCGAGAAGGGCUUAUCGGAUGCUCAAGUCCAGGCUCAAGCUGCCAAGUUUGGUCCCAAUGAACUGGACAAAACGGAAGGCAAGUCCCUGUUGGCUCUUAUAUUGGAGCAGUUCGACGAUUUGAUGGUGAAGAUCCUGCUAGUGGCAGCAUUCAUAUCGUUUCUCCUGGCAUAUUUCGAUGAUGAAAACAACGACGAGGGAAUGUUGGCGUAUGUAGAGCCCCUGGUGAUUCUACUCAUUCUGAUUGCCAAUGCAAUAGUAGGCGUCUGGCAAGAGACCAACGCUGAAGCCGCCCUAGAGGCUCUCAAGUCGCUACAGCCGUCUUACGCACACGUACUGCGAAAUAACGGCACUUGGGUGACGCAAGAUUCGACAUCACUCGUCCCUGGAGAUAUAGUUGAAGUUAGAGUAGGUGACAAGGUGCCUGCUGACAUCAGACUGUGUCGUCUGCGCACUACUACGUUGCGGGUCGAACAGAGUCAACUGACGGGCGAGAGCGUGACUGUUAGUAAGGACGUCGAUGCUGUUGAUGAUGACGAUGAGGGAACUUGCGAGAUCCAAGGAAAAGUCAAUAUGCUGUUCUCCUCGACUGCGGUGGCUAACGGCUGUGGUAUUGGCGUUGUUGUUGGUACUGGUAUGAAUACUGAGAUCGGCGACAUCCAGAAGGCGGUCACUGACGCAGCUGAGGAGGACCAGCAGACUCCUCUGCAAAUGAGGCUGGAAGAGUUUUCUGAGCUUCUUGCGAAAAUUAUUUUCAUUAUUUGUUUUAUCGUGUGGGUGAUCAACUACAAGCACUUCUUCGACCCUGUUUACGGGUCCUGGUUCAGGGGGUGUAUCUACUACUUCAAGGUCGCCGUCGCUCUCGCUGUUGCUGCUAUCCCUGAAGGCUUACCCGCUGUCAUCACUACAUGUUUGGCGUUGGGCACAAGGAGAAUGGCUAAGAGGAACUGCAUUGUCAGGCGCCUACCAUCAGUUCAGACCCUCGGGUGCACUACUGUGAUUUGCUCUGAUAAAACUGGCACGUUGACGACCAACGAGAUGUGUGCAGUAAAAUUUGCGACGCCCUCAGCCUCUUCUGCUGGUGUGCUGAACGUCUAUAACGUUGAUGGUGUGAGCUACACUCCUCUAGGGCAGAUCAGACCGUCCUUGGCGCCGCCUGAAUCCAACAACACGGGCUUGGCAGAAUUUGCUAAGUGCGCCGCUCUUUGCAAUCAGAGUCGAUUACGAUAUAGUGACGAUCUGGGUGAUGGUGAUGUUGAUGAUACUAUCGAGAGUGAAAGUGAAGAAGGGGGAAAUAAGAAGCCGAAGAUACGGCGCACGGGAGAGCCUACUGAGGCUGCUAUUCGUGUUUUGGCGGAGAAAAUAGGAUGCCCUGACAAGGAAUUGAACCGGCGUUGUCUGCAGGUAGGUGGUAAGCAGGUUAGGUCGAUGUUCAUGGCUGUCUGCUUUCAGUCGGAGGAGCGCUCGGCGAAGGACCUGCAGGCAUUUUCUCACUACUGGUCAUCACGGUGCAAGCUGGUGGCGACGUUGGAGUUCUCGAGGGAUCGUAAAUCUAUGUCGGUGUUGGUGAAGGAGAAUGAGCGCGAUGAGAAUACUCUGUAUGUGAAGGGCGCCCCUGAAGUGAUAUUGGAGCGAUGCACUUCUAUUAUGACGCCCGACGGAAGUGUUAAACCGCUGAAUAAGGAGACGAAGAAGGUCAUCUUAGAUGACUAUGUGGAGAAAAUGGCAGGUGAAGAGGCUCUUCGAACGCUCGGCUUGGCUGUAAGGAAGGAGCUGGAUCCGCGGUUGGCACAUUUCAAGGGAAUUGAUGUUGAUCCUGAAAAUGGCAGUCUUUUGAAAGACCCUGCUAACUUCGUGAAGGUUGAGCAAGAGAUGACCUUCUUGGGGCUGGUGGGGUUGAUGGACCCUCCACGACCUGAAUGCCGACCGGCGAUAGAUAGUUGUCGAGAUGCUGGUAUAAGUGUUAUCAUGAUUACUGGUGACAACAAGCUUACUGCCGAAGCCAUUGCGAAGGACCUUGGCAUUAUAUCGGCUGGGAAAAACGCGGUGAGUUUGACGGGAAGGGAGUUCGAUCAGCUGAGUGACAAUGAGAAAACGGCGGUGUUGAGGAAGUGCAUGGACGAACAAGGCGGAGUUUUCUCACGAACUGAGCCAAGGCAUAAACAGGUUAUUGUUAGAAUUUUGAAGAGUCUUGGUGAAGUUACUGCUAUGACUGGUGACGGAGUUAAUGAUGCCCCUGCGUUGAAAGCGGCUGAUAUUGGGAUUGCCAUGGGCAUCUCAGGAACGGAGGUAGCCAAAGAGGCAUCGGAUAUGGUUUUGACUGAUGACAAUUUCUCAACGAUCGUAGCAGCAGUCGAGGAGGGUCGUAGUAUAUACAGCAAUAUGAAGGCGUUCAUUCGGUAUCUAAUUUCGAGCAACAUUGGUGAAGUUGCCUCCAUCUUCUUUACAGCAGCACUGGGAAUUCCGGAAAGUCUAACACCUGUUCAACUUUUGUGGGUUAACUUGGUAACGGACGGCCCACCGGCGACCGCGUUAGGGUUCAACCCGCCGGAUCUGGAUGUUAUGAAGAGGCCACCGAGGAGGAUUCCACUGGAUUUGCACGAUUGGGCUUUGGUGUUGUAUUUCUCUUUCCCGGUUAUUCUCAUUGACGAGGUUAUGAAGACUUUUGGGAGAAUUGUGGUUGAUAAGGAGAUUGAAAAAAUGCAUGAGCAUCAGAGUGAGCUGAUGCAUCAUGCAGUAGAGAGCAGCGAUGAUAAGAUGGAGUAG